UGAUCUCUCAAGAAACGUGAUGAAAUGCUGGCAAUAACAUGUGUGAUUCGCGUUCCGCAACUGUAGUUUAUGAGAAGAUCCAUACUGCCUUAGCUGCUCAUACAAAUCCGAUCCGGUACAAUCUUCCAAGUUCACGUCAACUGAAUUGUGGGUAUUCUACAGUUAAUGUCUUCACACUGUUUGUUUUUUUGGCAGCGCAACGCUUGAAUCAAUCAGGACGAGAUCACUACGCGACGUGUCGUACAAAUACUUUGGAAUUUCGUUCCAAAACUUUUUUAAUUGUGAUAAGGAUACAAUAGGCACGUUAUUGCGGUAAACACAAUGGCUGCGCUGGUGAUAUUUCGCUUAUUCAUUCUCGCUCAGUUACCACUUUGUUAAGGGAAGAACGUAUAAUCAUUGUUGAGCGUUCUGCAGUGGUGUGCCUGCUAAACAUGUCUACAUCGAGAGUCCAGGGAUGUGGUUUUUUGAAAGGAAAUUAAUGAAAGGAGUGUCUUUGAUAGUUACAACUUUUACGGACUACUGGCAAAUCAGCGUAUAUUUGGUUAUCUGCCUCCUACUAUAGAACACGCUAGGUCUUGAUCCGUCAGUGUCGUAGCGUAAUGCUCACUAUACUGUUUUGUUCGCUAUUCUGCAGGAAAUAGUAAAACAAAGGGCACAUCCAGUACUCACCGAAAUACUUACUUUGACGAGUAUUCUAUAACCUCUACAAAAAAAACAUUAACGAGCUAAUCAAAAAUGACAAAUGACUUGAAUCC